AUGGAGAAAGAGGGCCUCAUCAGAGGUCUUCAAUUUCUCGGUCACCAGGGCAUCUUCAUAAGGUCCCUGACAACAGACCGCCAUACAGCAAUAAAGAAAUACAUGAGGCUGCAUUGCCCGGCCACCAAACACCAAUUUGACGUCUGGCACGUUGCAAAAGGCAUCAGAAAAAAAUUGACAGCUGCUUCACGGAAGGCCAGAUGCAGGGAGCUGUUGAGCUGGAUACAACCCAUUCUGAACCAUCUGUACUGGUGCCCAUGUGCUUACGGAGGAAAUGGAGAUUUACUAGUGUCGACAUGGACAAGUCUCCUAAACCACGUAGCUGACAUUCAUGAUGGUCAUGGCAACCUCUAUCCCCGCUGCCUCCAUGGACCAUCCAGCAGGGUGUCAUGGCUCAAAAUUGACUCUCCAGCGCACAAACAAGUCAGAGCCAUUGUCAUGGCCCCAGUGCUUCUCAAAGACAUCCGACAGCUCUCGCCAGACACGCAGGCAUACAGCCUGGAAUCUUUCCUUAGUGUCCUGAACGGCUAUUCUCCUAAAUCUACCGCAUAUACAUAUGAGGGAAUGAAGGCUCGAACACUGAUUGCUGCCCUUCAUUUCAAUGAAAAUGCCAACAAAGAGCAAGCAACAACAAAGGAUGGAACACAGCAAUGGCACAGCAAGACAUCCAAGGCCAGCCAUAGCAUGAUGACUGUGUGUCCACUCAAGAUGGCUGCUACAUUUGAUUACGUGCAAGAUCUACAAAACAAGGUGACCGAGCUUUGCAUCGAGCACCCGUCAUUUCCAGAAGCACUAGCCCAGGCACCAGAAAAAUUUGCACCAGCAUUUGUGCCACAGAACGAACCUAGGCCCUCCAAAACUGAGCUCAUAGCGGCACACAAGGCACGGUUUUUGAAGUUUUGA